GGGGGGGCAAGGUGGUUUGCAGAGCAACAGUUAUGGGAAAAUAGAUGGAAAAGAGGGUAAAAAGGCCCAGUCAAGUGCAAACAAACACUGGUCAGUGUGUUUGUCUGGUCAUACUCUAUGCCAGAUUUCUGCAGCCUGUUGCUUUUUCUCAUUAAGCCCCAUAUCUAACUGUUCAUGUGGAAGAGAGGACUGUAUAUUCAUGUGCGCAUAUUGAAGUCUCAGUGCCAGCAACAGGAAUGAUACUGUAAGCUGUAGGGACCUCUGUGACUGGUGAGAGAGAGAGGGUCUAAGUGCCACCAUCCGGGUUGGUGACCUGGAGAGAGCAGAGCAUGUGUGUGUUGGUGGGUCUGUCGGUGUGUGAUUGCUGGUGAGCACUGGGCUGGGCUGGCUGGUGAAUAGGACAGGGGCCCCGCGGCCAAGUAUGAGUGCAGCUGGGUGUGGGCAUGAUGCUAGUGAGAUGAGAGGAUCUUUGAGUUGGCAGUGAGAGAGAUGAGAAGAGAAUAUGAGGUUUGAAAAUUGUUUUGGAGGCCCAUUGGUGCAUGUGCGUGAGAGAGGUGACGAUACAAAGGGCGGCUGAGCAUCCGGGGCUGUUUAGUGGCAGAUCUGGGGUGCACCCAUGGGCAGCUGGCGCUGUGAAUCUGGAUGAGAUCUGAACCAGCAAUGGAGGGAGUCUGUGGGGAGACCAGCAGUUCCUGGAUAGAUGGAGUUCCUGUAGAGGUCAGCGUUGUGUGUAUGCCCAUAUUUCACGCUAACAGACUUUUGUCCCGCUUGGCCAGAGAAGGGAACAGCUUGAGGUGUGUGUGCAUGUGUGCCAUGCAGCCUCAGCCUUGCUGCUGCCAGUACCUGGGACAAGGAGCUGCAGCUGCCUUGGGCUGCCAUGGCCAGCAGCACCCAACAGGUGAAAGUUACUCUUUGUGCAAGUUGAGGAUGCAGGAAUCUUUGGUUCUCAAGACGUAAAUUUGAAGCGAAACCUACAAUGGCUGCUAAGUUGUGACAGAGUUUUAAAACAUUCGUCGUUUUGGCUGAUGUGAAUAAGGCUACUUACAUGAGUGUGUAAGUAGAUAAAGAGAUUUAUUUAAGCUGUCAUGAUGUAGUAAUGGAGCACAAGUGUAAGCUUAUCGUAACAGGCUUUUUUUCCUUUCUUUUUAAAUUGCAUCUCCUUUUGAAGUCAGAGGAAGUGAAGAUAGAAGUAGGAAUAAAAACGGGGGUCCUUCUGCAUGUAUCUCACCCCUGAAUAAAUCCCUUUUUGGAGAAGAGUGGUAACAAGGAAGUGUGGGUGGGAGUGCUUGCUGCUUUCAGUUACUGCUGCUGGCAAGUUCAAAGGCACUGCAUGAGUCAAAUAGCAACGUACUGUUAAAAAGCAGAGGCACUGUCCUGUGUGCUGCUGCAGUUUAUGGGCGUAUGGGUAUGUAUGCGUGUAUGUCCAAUUGGUUGAUAUGAAUUUGACAGAAUGAUGAGCAGAUUGUUUCAAAUUGAAAACUGUCUAAUAGUAUUAAUAAGAAUAAUAUUGAACAGCGGGACAACUUUUUUUCUACUAGAAGCUGCUGCAGCUACCUUGUGUGCAUCCAUGGAUUAUUUUUCCCCCUUUUAAAUAUGCUGAAGGAAGUCAUUGUUUUAUCCUGGCACUCUCCCUUUGCACAUUCCCAGUUCUGAGGAGACCUUUGUUGUGAUACGUGGGACAAGUUAAAGCACAAAAAGAUAUCUUCAGUGCAUGUAUUACCUUUGGGAAAUGGCCUCUUCUAAGUCUUUGAUGAACCUUCUGACCUUCAGUUUUGGAUCUGCAAUAGGAUUUUUUCUAUGCUAUCUCCUGUUUAGCAUGAUACUAGAAGAACAGGUUGAGAUCCAACCUCAUAUUCUUCACAAUGAUCCCCAUGGUCAACACUCAGAAGAUACUGAUAACAAUCAGCUGCAAGGACAAAUGAAUUUCAAUGCGGACUCUGGACAGCAUAGAGAUGAGAAUAGAAACAUUGCAGAUGGACUCUAUGAGAAGGUGAAAAUACUUUGUUGGGUCAUGACUGGGCCUCAAAAUCUAGAGAAGAAAGCCAGACAUGUUAAAGCCACCUGGGCCCAGCGUUGCAAUAAAAUACUUUUUAUGAGCUCUGAGGAAAAUAAAGACUUCCCAACGGUGGGCUUAGAAACCAAAGAAGGCAGGGACCAACUUUACUGGAAGACUAUAAAAGCUUUUCAAUAUGUUUAUGACCAUUAUUUUGAUGAUGCUGAUUGGUUCAUGAAAGCAGAUGAUGAUACGUAUGUUAUAUUGGACAAUUUAAGAUGGCUUCUUUCAAAAUACAGUCCUGAACAGCCAAUAUACUUUGGAAGAAGGUUUAAGCCUUAUGUGAAACAGGGCUACAUGAGUGGAGGAGCAGGGUAUGUUCUGAGCAAAGAAGCUCUGAAAAGAUUUGUUACUGCUUUUAAAACCAACAAAUGCUCUCAUAGUUCCUCUAUUGAAGACCUAGCGCUAGGAAAGUGCAUGGAGAUCAUUAAUGUACAAGCAGGAGAUUCUAGGGAUACAAGUGGUAGGGAAACCUUUCAUCCCUUUGUUCCAGAACAUCUCUUGAUCAGAGGAUACCUACCAAAAACAUUCUGGUAUUGGAAUUACAAUUACUAUCCUGCUGUAGAGGGCCCUGGAUGCUGCUCCGACCUUGCGGUUUCAUUUCACUAUGUUGAUUCCAUGACUAUGUAUCACUUGGAGUAUUUGGUUUAUCAUCUCCGUCCGUAUGGGUAUUCGUAUCGGUACGAUCCUGAUUCGGCAAAGGGCCUGGAGGAGCAGAACAAAAAUGAAGCACAAGAGGAUAAUCCAAAGCUAAAGCAAAAAACUUCUGAGAAUUAAUUGGACUUUGAAGGAAACUGAAAGAAGGCAGUACGGUGAAUAAGGGUCUUCUCAAACUCCUGCAUGAAGCUUGUGGACUAGGAUUAUUCAUGGUGAUUCUUACGUUGGCUGUACUACCAGUCAGUGUCUGUGCACAAAAGAGUCCAGUGUAGGCUCUGGCUGUUUGGGGUAGUGUGACAUUGCAGCCCUACUCAUGAAGAUACUGGGCCCUAGAACUGUGAAACAGGAGGAGGUUCUGCUAUGCUGGUCCCUAGAAGAACUCGUGUUUAAAAGCAUAGUGGACAGAUUCAAAGAUAAUCAUACAGUAUUUCUUUUUUUUCCUUCCAAAUGUUCUGUUACGUGAGUUCUUAUACUAGAAAUCUGAUGUGACGCAAAUGCUUCAUGAUGUUUUCCUCCGGUAUUCUCAGUAUUCUGAACUUACUGUGUGCAUGUUGCCCUAGAAGGAAGUGAGAAGGGUAAAAAAUAGAGCCUCAAAUCUGCUUUGCCUUAAUGACAGACUGGUUGAUAAGAACAGAGACGCACCUCAGAGAUUCAUGUCUGAAUUAUUUCAGAAAUUAAAUUCACUGCUAUGAAUUAUUUACCAUUUUUUACUGUAAAUCUCUAUUGUACAGAACAGUAUGAAGUUAGAUCACUACUGUCAUAGGGAAAAAUCCAGGGAUAGUUAUUAUGGUUCAGAUUACUGAGGUGAUGUGAGGAGACUGUGUUUGUCCGUGGCUUUUGUUUUAAAUUUAAAUCAAGUUACCACUUGGUUAAAUGGAUAUAUAAAUUCAUCUCAGAACUUGGAAAGAGGAAGAUGCAUUUUCAUAUGAAAGCUCUUCUCCUCCAUUACGUUUCCCCUGUAAAUCAGAAAGGUUGGUAUGUUAGCAAGGUUAAGGUGACAUGUAAUAAUUUGGAUUCAGCCAGUGUUAAUUAAUUCAUUUCUAUUCAAUUUUCCCAUUCCUGUACUUUGAGAUUGUGGAGCUCCCUUAUUCAUAGGAUUUUACAGAUACAAACACGUACUGUUGUAAAACAGCAACAAAGCUCAUUUGACUGCUUGGCUUCAAGUACUUCAUUUCCCUUUUCUGAACUUUUCCUCCGUUCUUAAAGUUUCUCCUGCAUUUGUUUCCUGUUGCUUUUUUCAGAACAAAGUGUUAGCUGAUCCCUGAGUCGCUCUUGGAAGCUGAAGCGUAGAGUUAUUCAGGUAACGCAGCCUGAAUGCAGGUAUCUUUCAAAGUGCAUUAAUCUCUCCACUACUUUAUGAGUAUCUCUGCCUCAUAAGUGAAAACGCUUUCUUGGUGUGGAACAAAACAGUUUUAAUUACUGAAGAAUUUACAGAAGUGGAGUCUGUGUUUUACACACAGGACACAAAACUUUGUGGUUUUCACUUCUUACGAAUUCAGUUAAUAGAGCAGUUCAGGGGAUGGGGUUAAGCUUGACAUGCCUUUGUUCCACACUUGAACAAAAUUUCUUUUUAGCAUUUUUCACCUUCAUCAUAUUGAUGAAUUUGGACAUAACCUGAUUACCUCCAGUCACUGCUUUGGAAAGGGCACAUACCGAUAGCAGGCAGCCUUACUUACUACUGCUGUCCUUCAGGGUGUUCCUGGGAGAGGAUGUUAACGUAAAGUACUGGAAUUUGUGUUUUCCAAAGAUAAUUCUCGCACAGAUUGGGGUUCUGUCUGUGGUCCAGUUGUGAGGUCAUGACUUCUUUUCUGAUCAUUACUCUGCAGCAUAACGGCAAUUACUGAAAUACAUGGAAUCGAAAUAUCGUAUGUCGUGUCUCUGCCUGAAUAUAGGUUAGGUUCGUAUGUUAAAUCUGUUGAUCUUUCAUGAGAAAGAUCCUCUGAAAUACUGAAAGAGAUGAGCUUUAUUUUAUGUUAACCGACUUGAGUAGAAAAUUCUAACUGUAUUUGUUUAGAAAAAGGAAAAAGCCUCCAGUUUGCUCUACUCAGAGGGGUGCUCGUCCACACAAUGCCUGAGAGCUUCUUUUAGUUAGGUGCUUCCUUCUGUCUGCUAAACGUUUGUCCCGUGUGCCACGCAGACAAGAAGAUGGUGAAAUCCACAUGCUGUUGGUAAGUCUGGUGGCAUUGUUCAAACCCGCAAUUAGAAGUUCUGGAAUACAUCAGGAAACUGUAGAAUGAAAUCAAGAUCCCAACGUUAAUCUCUUUGCCUUUCCUCUGGGGCAAUUGUGAUGGUUGUCUGCUCCCCAGCUGUGGCCUGUGGGCUUAGCAGAGCAGGGCAGGGCCUCGGGUGGAAUGGAGGAAUAAAGAAGUGAGCAGCACGUAUCUGUAGGUUCCAUUUCUUUAGGGAGCGAGGCUGAGAACGUGCUGCCUUGUGACAAGUAGGCGGCCUAUCUGGAGAAGUAAGAGCAGCCUUCUGUUCCAGUGCUCCUUCUUGCUUUGCUUUAAAGUGUUCUGCUCCCAGGCCUCUGAUAUUAUUUCUUUUGCCUUUCUGGCAGUACUGCAAAGAAAUACAAAUACUGUUUUCCUGUCAGUAUCCAGAUAGGCCUGAAAAAGUAUCGAUUGUACAUUCUAGUAGAAGGCUGUUGCUCUCUGUUAAAUUGCAACGUAGCAAUGAGCUGAUGCCUCCUGAAAUGAGCAGUCUGCAUCUCAUUCUUCAAAAGCUUAAGCAGACGAGACUGGACUUUGAGCAGUUGGUAUAAUCUUCACAUGCCAUCUUGCAGAACCAUUAGCAGUUUAUUAUUUCACUCUCAGGUCUUCGUGCUUUCACAGAGUAUUUAUUGAGUAUUCCUGUUACCCCAGCAGGCUUCUCCUCUGGAGGAUUCACCUUUGUGAAGCACAGAAGCACGGAGUCUCUUUGGUUUUUUAGAUCAUUGUGCUCUCUCUGUCUCACUCUCAGAUCUCUUAAUGUUAUGAAACACAGAAACUUCCAUUGGUAUGGUUGUGAUUAAAACGGUGCAUCUAACACUUAUGAACUAGCUUUCUUGGAAUUAGGAAGCAGCAGGCUUUUCUUAAACAGUUGUUUGCCCCUGGAUAUGGGAAUGUUCCUUAGUGUAAGACAGUAACAUAUUAACCCUGCAGUGUGUUUUAGCUCAGAAGAAAUGAGAGUGCCAAGAAAAGUUCCUAAUUGGAGGACAGUGUUAAAUUUAGCUUGCAGAAAAAGACCAGAUUUAAUCUUUCACUUUGAGUUCAUUUGUGCAGUCUGUGUUGGACUUGGUGAAGGGGUUUGUGUGGUGUUAGCACAGUCUCUCGUCUUGGGGGAGGUCUUUCCCCAGUGUCUUUUGCCUGUAGGGACACUGUCUUUGUUUUGCUCUGAUGGGGUUAUGUAUUAAAAUCACUUUUUCUUUACAUGUGACUGUUUGUUCUGUUCUGUUUCCAGUGUGCGUUUCAGUGAGUAGCUGGCACACCUGUAGUGCGCAGUUUGCUAUCCAAGAAGGGCUUUUAUCUUUGUACGACUAAGAAAGGUGUGGGUUAUCUCUCUGAUGUCCUGCUACUGCUGCUAACGGUGCACACACAGAAGGACAUAGACCCUUCAAUAUGGCACAACGUGGGAAGGCUGCUUUGUCCUUUUUCUGACAAGAAAAACUUCUGUGGGAUUCCAAAGGUGUAAUUUGCUUUAGUUUACCAUACUGUAUUUAAAGUACUCCAGAAAUGUUGUCAAUGCUCUUUAGAAGAAAUAAAAUGAAUAUUGCUGCUGGACAGUAUAUUCCACUUAAAACUUGUGAAUGUUUCAUUUUGCAGUUAUAAGCUGUUGUGUCCCUACUGACAGGUGUAAGUUGGUGACUUGUCUGGACUGAUCACCGUAAGAUUUGUUUCUGGAAUACCUUCUUUGAAGUGCCUUUGACCAAUUUUUAGCAUCAAAAUUAAGUUCAGAAUUGAAUAAAUGAAAUAAGUUAUCUCACA